UCUGUGUACCCAUCCGGGGCUUGCUGUUCUUUCGUGUUCCCUUUUCCAAACCAAACAACCUCCCUCAAAGCAUUUUCAUUGGUGUCCCGCAGACGUCACUGUAGUAGAUCUUCACCGUGAGAAGCACGAUCCCCUCCACGUUAAACAGGAAGAGGAGUCCAAGAUGCCGUACAUCAAACAGGAGGCAGAGCCAGAUACCCCAGACAUUAAAGAAGAAGAACAGCAAGUUGAAAUCCGCAAGUUUCCAAUGGGUGUCACCGUGAAGAGUGAAGACGACGAAGGACCAAGCGAAGAGAGCGGAGCAGCGAACCCUUCGAGUGACAGCUCAUUUCAGCACGUGACAACAAAAGGAGAGGGACAAUCGCAACCGGACGACCUCUUAGCUCCGCUUUCGGACAGCGACGACAUAACGUCACACUCCUCUGACUGUAAUACUGAUGAGGAGGAUUAUGACUUUGACCAAAAUGCUUCAAAAUCUUUAAACAAGUCAUCAGUGAAAAGAGACACAAAAGAAUGCGCGGUAGAGAAACCUUUUCGCUGCUCACUCUGUGAUAAAACACUUUUGUCGAAACGUACCUUAAAAGCACACGUGCAUACACACACUGGAGAAAAGCCUUUUGCCUGCACACUUUGCGAUAAAAGAUUUCCUCUGAAUUCUUAUUUAAAUAGACAUAAACUGAUACACACUGGAGAAAAGCCUUUUGCCUGCACAUCUUGUGGUAAACGAUUCAAUUGUAAGGGAAAUUUAAACAAACACACACGCUUACACACUGGAGAGAAGCCUUUCACUUGCACAAUUUGCGAUAAAGGAUUUCAUCGGAAGGCUGAUUUAGAAAUACAUAAGCGGACACACACUGGCGAAAAGCCUUUUGCCUGCUCACUUUGUGAUAAAAGAUUCAUCGAGAAGACAAGUUUAAACAAACACACAAGAAAGCACGCUCGAGAGAAGCCUUAUGCCUGCACAUUUUGUGAUAAAAAAUUCUUCACGGAGGCAAAUUUAAACAUUCAUACAAGAAUACACACUGGAGAAAAGCCUUUUGUCUGCACAUGUGGUAAACGAUACAUCAGUAAGGGAGGCUUAAAAAGACACAGACAUACACACACUGGAGAAAGGCCUUUUGCCUGCACAAUAUGCGAUAAAAGUUUUCAUUAUAAGAGUAAUUUAGAAAAUCAUAAUCGUGCACACACUGGAGAAAAGCCUUUUUCCUGCACACUUUGUGGUAAAAGUUUCACCGAGAAGAAAGGUUUAAACAGACACGCAAGAGCACAUAGUGGGGAGAAGCCUUUUGCCUGAGCAACCGAUAGUUUUAUUCUUUCAUUUGUUUCGUCGCCGCUGUUGAGCUCGCUGUGGAUAGUCUUCUGUUGGGGUCGGGCAAUAAUGUCACGUUUCCGGGUUUGGGAAUGCAGUAUUGACAAAGAACUAAAAAAAACAACAACAAAUUAAAAUGCGGAUCAUUCUUGCAGUUCCGUGUCUGAAAUGACAUGGUUGUUUCGAUUAACUUAUCCAAAGUUUAUAUUCGUAAAUGUCACGUCAAGGCGGCAUGGGCUCGGAGGACCAGGCACGUGCAUAGAGGGGGGCGGAGGGUGCUUGAGCACUAGAGAGGUUCCAAACAAUUGACUAUUAAAUCUUCUCUGCCCGUCUGCGUGGCUGUCGCGCGUCCGGUGGGGCUCACGUGCUGCUGGAUGUGGUAGGGCAUGCUCGGGUUGGGGGUCCUGGCGCCGGGAUUGGCGAUGGGGCAGCAUAGGGUUGGUUGCCAACGGGCUCACACUCAUAAGAGAUUCACACGAUUACUGGGUUCUAGAUCACAGAACUGAUUUGUGUACACUCUACCCCUUUCAAUCACUUAGCUUAUAGACACCCCCACCCCCGUCCCCCUCUUUCACUGGCCAAUAGGUGUAAACCGGAAAUACAUCUCGCUGACGAUGGCACCGGCAUAUUAGUAAUUAGUCUAGAUGUUCAAUGUAUUUCUUGUUGUUGUUUGUGUAUGUGUUUUUCUUUCUUCUCUUGUUUUUCUUUUCUUCUGUUCCCCCAUAAUCCCUAUUUGUUCGCUGCUUUGUCAUAAUAUAAAGGUAUUUUGAAUGAUCACAAUGGGAGUAUGUCAGACUCUCAUUGUGAAACAUUAAAACUGUUCAGACCAGAGGUUGCGCUAGACUUUUUCGUUGUCUGUCAUUUUGACUGAAAGUGUCAUACAAAAUCCGGUCAUAAUCUAUUUUUACCCGUCACAUUUUAAAAAUGAUAAUAAUGACAUAUUUAAUAGUAUUUAGUUUUCAUUCAUUUUUAAUUAAUAUUCUGUCCAGACAAGCUUGACAAGAGGCAAACACAGCGUAGUGCACCAAUCAGCGACGGGCAGACGUGCCGUUAGCAAAGCGACGAGGGCAGGACGAGGGACUUGCGCGCGGAAGUAAACACGAGGAGAACGGAGUUUAUUCAACAUGGCUAGCGCGUGACAGACUGUUGUCAAUGACUCGUGUCGAUGUGUUUUAGCUCAUUUAAAACUGAAUUUACCGCGGAUUGGAACAUAUUCUCGGCUUUCCCGUUCGCCAUCCGUGUUGUUGUAGAGACGACUUUCGGCGCGCAAGAGUGACAUUGCUCGUUAAGAACACGUCACGCAAAUAAACAAAUCUGAUUUGUCGAUUGAUUUUGUACCUACUCGAGAGGCUGUGUCCCAGACUUUUCUCUCAGUGUUUGAAAAAUACAGGGAGAACAGUCUGGCCGUGCCAGGCAAACACUCAGUUGCCUUGACAUUUUUCCGAGUAAGGCCAAUGACGUCAUGCAUCGAGAGACAAUAGCUAAUUAAUAUGCUCACUCGCCACCCUGU